UAGCGAACGCACCAACAAGCGACCGAGCAAAACCCAAAGCAAAACUAGUGCAUCUUCGGCAUCGAAGUGUAUUUUCGUUCGAAUUCCGUAGCAAAUGGUAGCAAAUUUGGGGAAAACUUUGUGCAAAAGUGAGCGUAGAUAGGUGGCAAGCCGUGUACGGUGUGGAACAGUGCGUCCGAGUACGGUUUCCCGGAGUGCGGAGAAACAUUCAAGUAGAAAUCAACACAUCAACUGUGGAAGCGACGUUUGGAAAGGAGCGACACUGACAUAAUAGCAUGGGCAAAGAGAUCGAUCCGGCAGAUAUCGGCAAACAUCCGGAUCUGAUUCGCAAGGCGCAGGCAGAAAUGACUCAAAGCGAUGUGCUGGUGUGUGGCCGAUGUCAUAACGUGUUUCACUUUAUCGAACUGUUCAAAGAGCACAAGGAGCAAGAGUGUCGCAAAGAGUCCACCCUGAAGGACUGCCGUGAGACCAAGGCUAAGGUGUGGGCAUUUCUGUUGUGGAAGGCGGCUCAACUGAACGCAGAAGAUGCGGAAAUGGGCAAUGUGAAUUCCUGGAAGCUUUACCAAACAUGGGUGAAGCUGGAGGAGUCGGUACGUGAGACCUGGAUCGUGGCUGGUAGAACAAUUCAAUCGUUUGCUAGGAUGGGGCAAGGUAACUUGCAGGAAAUGCCUGUGAAAAUCACCAAGACCAUAAUUGAAAGUGGACCCGAUGAUAAAAAAGCAGCAAUUAACAAUUCAUCUCAACAAAGCCGCUUUGCGUCCGGCCGAAAACCAGAUAUAAAAUCAAAUUCUCCCAUAGCUGCUUCCGUUGGUAAGACCGAAGAAACAAAACGGCCGCCGCUCUCUACCCAAGUCAAGAAGCAAGAGACAAACGCAGUCAACAAGGGAAUCGGAAAACGUUCCGUUGCCAAGCGUACUACUCCUGGAAGCGGUGAAGUUGUCGAGGAGGAAGUCGAAAAGAUUCUGGCCAAAAGAUUCAAUCCUCGACGUAAGGAACACGAAUACUUAGUGAAAUGGUCCAAAUACGCCCACGAUCAGAACACCUGGGAGCCACUGAUCCACCUGCAAACUUGCCAGAGCGUUUUGGAGUACUUCGAGACACAGCUGGCGAAGCAAAAAGAGCAGAGAGCGGCCGCGGCUGCUAGAACGCUUCAACAGCAACAAGCUGAGAAAGCCAAAGCAGCGAAUGCAUCUUCAAGUGCUAGCGCUUCGCCGAGCACAACUUCCACUUCGGCGGUAUCCAAACCAGCCACUCCGGCGCCAACUACUGUUACAAUUCCGUCAAGCGCACCGGUAACGGUCCCUGCUUCGCAACUUUCUCCAGUCACCGGGAGGCCCAUCAGGAACUCGAAAGUCAAUGCCAUGGAUAAGGUUAAACAGUGGGUUGGUACCACCAGUGGGGGAAGCUCUGGCAACGAGGAAACAGGCGUUAAGCGAAAGUUGGAUGCCGACAGUGACUUCGAUGCCGAGGAAGAAAGCGAUGAAAUGACGAGUGGUAUCAAGAAACUUAAAACUGAGAACGGGGCUGUGAACCAAGCGUUGGUCAAGGCUCAACAGAGUGGUAACGUUAAGGUUGUUCCGGUGGGAGCUAAAUCACCGGGGAAAGUGGUUAACGGAAUCGGAUCUUCCAAGAAGGAUGAUAGCAAUGCUGCCGAGGUGAUCCUUAAAACACCAAAAGAUGGAACUGCGAGUGGCGUUGUGAAGAAGCCAGGAUUUACAGGCGCGAAAAAUGUUGCCGGCGAGGCCAAGGUUCAAAUUGUUAACCGUGGUGAAGUACCGAAGCAGGGUGUUUUUAAAGUGAACCAAAAUUCAACUUCACCCCAACCGUCAACUGCUCCGGUCAGCAAAACUACCCCACCAGGAACAACUACAACAACGACCACACGAAUUGUACGCAAAAAUAUAGGCGGUACACAGCAGCUGGUCAAACAAGUUGUCCGGACCACCAUACCUAUCCAACAUGCACAAACCCCGACCCAACAGCGACAACCCCUACAAAAGGUCACCAGCAACACUAACUCAACCGGAGCUCCGAUUCCGAAGGUAUCAAACGCCGUACCCCAACGAAAUACUCCCUCCUCAAAACUGACGGCAGUGCAAUCGAAACCCCCAAUGAACCGCGCUUCUGAUCUAAAGCCAACGGCCUCGGAGCAAAAAAUAAAUGCCCUGCGGAAGCAAGGGCUCAACGUUGUGAAACGGGUCGUUUCUCCAGCUCAAACAUCGGCGGAACAGAAAUCCAUUGCUGCCAACGAUGAAGAAGAUGACGAUGGGUUCAACGAUCCAUUCCCAUCUAACAUCGCUGCCCCGGCGCCUCCAUCUCCCCCACGUGCUCUCACCCUUUGUCCUGUCACUGGGAAGGUCCUGGGUCAAGCCGAAGGUGAACCCACUCCGGUGCCAAGUCCCGAGAUUCAGGAGGAUAAAUCAAAGGGGAAAAAACCUCAGCAACAGCAACAAAUCCAAGAGCAUCAGCAGGAGCAGCAGGAUAUGUCGCAGGAACAGGACACACAAGUGCAGCAAAUUCUCACCAAUGAAGAUGGUUCCCCCAUUAUCGUCGCUGGCGAGGAUGGAACGCUCUAUCAGGUAGCGGGGAAAAACGCCGAGGGUCAAACUAUCCUGAUUGCCCAGGGGGCGGAUGGAGAGCAGCAGUGUGUGCUAGUGGCCUCGCAGGAUGGUGAGGGCGAAGACGGAGCCGGAGGUGUAUUAACACUGGAUGCAGCCGUUUCCGAAGCAGUUGCUCAAAUUGGUGUUCCACAAGAGCAGGGCCAGCAGUUAACAGAAGAACAAGGGGUUCAGUACAAGAUCGAGGAAAAUGCAGACCCCAAUCAACAGCUAACAAUUCAAACGGAGGAUUCCCAGGACGGACAAAUAACUGCCGAAGUAGUACAAGCGGACCAACCUUCUCCUGGUGGUACUCGACGAGUGGUGCUCUUACUUCCCGACGGUAGCUUCAUGAUGACGGAAGUGAACGAGGAGCAAUAUCAAUCAUUGAAUCUAGUAAACUAAGUGUUGAAUUCUUUGGACUAUAUUAUUAGUGUCGGAGUGUGUACUAGAACGAUUUUGAGGCAUAUAAUAUGUCACUAGGAUAUAUACUUGAGCUAUAGAGUUAGAAAAAGAUUUAACCAUUGAAGCAUCAGUCGUUUCGGAGUGUUGAUUUACAGAAUUGAAUUGUUCAAUUCAACGGUAAUUUUAGUGUUAAGUAUUGUACAAAUAGAAUUUUAGUAGUUUCGAGUUUAAUAUAAUUCUAAGAAAUUCAUGGCUUCACAGAUUAUGUUUCCUAGACCUGUUAUUGCAUCGUGGCAACAACGGAUUUUGUUUCGUCGAACAUUAUGAGCUCAUGUAGAAUAAUGUAAGAACAUACAUUUUAAAUAUAAUGAAAUCACCAAUAA